AUGAAGCCUGUUUUGCUGACUAUGGCUGUGCUGCUGCUUUUGUGCCAGGUCAUUCCAGGUGGCACCGAAAAAUGUUGGGGUCAACGUGGCUCCUGCCGUGAAACAUGCCGCGUUGCUGAAAGGGCCUAUAUCUUCUGCAGGAACGGUAACCUGUGCUGCGUGCCCCCCAAGGGCCUGCCAAACCUAACACCGAGAUAA